AUAAGAAUGACGUCAGCAUCCACGUCAGUAGUCCUGCUCUAUGUGGCCUUUCUUGUGGGAUUAUAAAUCACAGUUCACUUUCACUCAAACUUUCAAAUCGAAGCAUUCACAAAAAUUUUCAAGGUAAUUUUUGUGCCACCCCCAGAAAGUAGCCCCCAAGAAAAAAAAAAAAAAAAAAAAAAACGCGCACACACACACUAACAUAUAUCAGGUCCCCUACACGCUUUAUAAAACUUAAAAGGGCAAAAACCUCCACAAAACCCUUCUUCAAGAUUCCAAAGGAGAGAAAAAACACCCCACACCACAAAUUACUCAUGAUGUAUGGGCAGCAAAGCAACAAUAUGAAUGCCAAUGAAUUCCCCAUUUUCUACUCACCUUCAUCCCCAUCAUCAUCAUCAACUGAAAUUUUUCAAUCCCAUUUCCCAUCCUCUUCUUCUUUGCCAGCACCUCUGGCAAUCCCUGUGAAUGAGUAUGAAUAUCUGUCUGCUUUGAAAUCAGAACUCAACCACAGCAGCAGCAGUGGAUGCAGCAGUUACAAUUCUCCAACUUCACUCACAAGUUACUAUGGUUCUCCUCCUACUUCACUCACAAGCUUUGAAUUGGCAAAUAAUCCAAAUAGUUUGAUGAUGCAGAGAAGCAUCAGCAGCCAUUCACUGUUACAUAACAAGAACUUUCAAGGGUUCUCCCCACUUGGAUACUUAGAUUCUGCGGAGACUAGUCCAGUCAGGAAGGUUUUGAGCGCUGGUGAUUUGCAAUGCAUGAAUCCAAAGCCACAUAAUCAUCGGUCAGACAAUUCGCUAGCGACUGAGUACAGCAUCAUUGAAAGUAUGAGCAAAGCCUGCAAAUACAGUCCAGAGGAGAAGAAAGAAAGGAUUGAGAGAUACAGGAGCAAGCGAAACCUGAGAAAUUUCAAUAAGAAGAUCAAGGUUUUUAAUCUAUCUCUUCUUUCCUUCUAAACUAACCUCGUACUAAACAGCGCAUUGAAGCAACCAUUAUCAGAAUGGACAUGUAUUAAAUAAAUGAUUUAUCGUUACAAUAUUCGCCGACAAAAGCAUAAUUUUCAAGAAUAGAUAGUGAAGCAAAUCCAUUUUUUUGUGGGGGAGAAAUCAGAAAACAGUAAUGGUGGGGCGAAAAUUAUCAGUUUGUGGCCCAUUUUUGAAGGAUUUACACAUGGAAGUAUCAUGUGUGUUAUGGAAAUAAUGAUAAAGUGGCUGCUUUAGAGACUUUUAGCAGUAUGACUUUAUACUUAGAGGGUCCAGUGGCGCUUCUAAACCACAAAAAUCAUGCAUACUAAUAGUUUCUAAUUCUAUCCUUGUUCUGUCAACUCAGAAAUGACCGUUGUAUUCCAUUUUAGUAUGAAUGCAGGAAGACUUUAGCUGACAGCAGACCGCGCAUCAGGGGAAGGUUUGCAAGGAAUGAUGAAAUUGAUCAGAAGGCUUGUCAAACUCAGUGGGAUCAUACCGGCAUUGAUCAGGAAGAAGAUGAAGACGACGACAACUGGAUUAGUAUUCUUGAUGCUCUUUCGGCUAACCUGAUCCCGUAACCAGGGGAUGACCGUAACAUAAAGCUGGCUCCCCGGGUUUUAUUGUAACGGAGCUCUCUCUAGUUCAAAGACUAUCAAGAUGGUUAAUGCAGGUUGAAAUGAUGUAUUAAUUUCUAGUAUUGUCAUGUAAUUGACUUUUGAUGAAGAGCUCCCCCUCAAUUUUAAGGUAGUUGAGCUCAUUUGGCAUUUAGAAUGGCCUUUUUUCUGAUGUAUGCUCAAGCAUUUCCAAGUGUUCUCAAGUUUCAAAUAGGAGCUUUUUGUACAUCUAGCAAAUUGUCUUUCUAGUCUUCUGUCUCCUAGAUGUGUAUUUGUAUAUAGAACUACACCCUCUAUCAAAUAAAAAACAGUAGUCCAAAUUCUUUCCUCUAGAGAUGAUUUUCAGGAUGUUCCUUUUUCUUAUCCUCUAAGUCCAAAAAACAACUACCACUAUUCCGCUUCAAACAGGUUAUUCUAUUUGUACAGAAACUUCUACCUCGAAUAUAAACAAUGGAACCGUAGACAAUCAAGUGAAUCCACAUGUUAUGAAUGCAUAUUCAGGGAAAGUGUUCUAACUUCUUGAUGGAUUGAGACGGAUGAUUAACCUUGCGACAGGCAUAGUGACAACUCUUGCCCUCCUCAAUUCUUAUUUGUUCUUAAACUCCUUGCUAGUGCCCUUUCGUUUAUCUUCACAGCCUAAGACAAGAACCUCAGCCGAAUUCCUAGAGAACAUCAAAAACAGUUGAAAAUAUGGAAGAAGUCUGGAAAUGGUACACUUUCAGAAGCUUAAAAGAGCGACACCUACCUAGUCUAGAUCCUUAACACUAGAGUAGCUCUUACUAGCUUAAACAGCAAGAUAGGUUCAUCUUCAUCAUUCCACGAUGCCUAUUGAUCAUUUUUGUGGUCAGCUGAGCCAUCCCACUCAUUCCAAUAUAAUGGGUAACACGCACAGAUUUCCAAUCAAAUUAGAGAAGACUGUACCACUGCAACAAAGGUUAUCAUGGAGGCAGAGGGAAACCAAUGAAACUGACCUCUGUUGUGGAAGAAGUUGUACAGUGAUUUUAGCAGGAUUGUGUAAACCUCCUAUUGGUUGGGUUUCGGUUAAUUACAAGGGAAUACUGUUUUAUUUUAAAGACUUCUCUGCUACCUUUUAUAGGCUUUUUUCAAGACUAAAUUCUUUAACUAGUAAACCAAUUUGACAACUACAAGUUACGAUUCGACAUUCUCCUGUGUGGGUUUGUGAAAAGCCAUUGGGAAAGUUACGGAUUAUCACAGGUUGAAGCAUAGGAGCCCCAACCCCUAGAAAGUGAGCAAUAGACCAGGAAGAAUCCAAGAAAAAUGCAUCCUUCGAGUUCCUAAGAUUUCAAAACUUAAAAUGAUGAAACUAUCUGUUUUUUAAAGGGUUUUUUUAUUUUU